AUGGCGCAUUCUGCAGCAUACGAGGUUGAAGAGCAAAUGUUGCGUCUGAAUGAUUACGAGGAGGAUACAACAUUACUGCGUAGCACUAUUCGUUCAAUGGAAGAUGAAAGUAAGAAAAGCUUUUUGGCAAUGGAACAGAUGUCAAAGGAGAUAGAGGAGAGGACUGCCGAGGCGCAAGCUGCCAAUAUGGCCGUACUGCGCUUUCAGGUGCGCUUUGUAUUUGUUCCUUCCCAUUCAUCUCCUUAUCAAUUAAUUAGUCGAUAUACAGAAGACUGCGCCAUAAGUGGGAAAGCAAUAGAAUUGCUACAGUUCUUUGGACAACCAUUCACGCAUCCCUCCUAUCUUCUCCAAGAUGGAAGCCAUCUUGUACCAUCAAGAUCGCUUGGAAAGCCAGUGUGAAG